AUGGUUUCACCUUUAUUAUUAUUGUUAAAAGCUCUAAUAGUUGCUUUUAUACCAAUACCAACAAGAGCGGCAAGUAUUUAUUUUCUUAACAAUUCAUCACAACAUGAAACAAUCACUACCACUCGUAGUGUGCGGUUAAAAACUGAUAAUUUAGAAUAUUAUUUACGUUGUUCAUACAAUAUGACGAAUAUACAAAUAAUUACUGUUAGUUAUUCGUCGUUACGAUGUACCCAAAUAUACAUGGCUCAUUAUCAGUAUGAAAAACCCAUAUGUUCAUCGAUUCAUAAAACUUAUUGUCUAUUUUACCCAAAACCUAUUCGUUUAGAUUUCGUAUCUUGUCCAUUUCCAUCGGAUUAUGUUGACAUUACCUAUCAAUGUUCGUCUAUUCAAAUCUACUUGUCAACAGUAAAACAGAAAAAUAAUCAGAAAUUAUCAAAAGGUUCCACAACACGAAUAUCAAAAACUAUGUCGGUCAUUAAUAUUACACAAUAUCAUGAUACAGUUGAAUAUACAAAUCAUUUGUCAGAUAACAUCGGCGUUUUUUUCAUCGGUUUAAGCAUUAUUGGUGUACUUAGUCUAUUGGCCUGUUGUAUUUGGCUCAUACGUUAUGAUACAAAGCGUAAUAAUCAUCACCGACGAAAUGAUGGUGACUAUUAUUCCGAACGCAUUCCACUUGAACAUACACCGACAACAAUCUCAUCUCCAUCACCACUCUCCUCAUUAAUCGAUAAUGAAAAACACGGUCCCAUUCAAAUAAACGAUAAUGAUACUCACUAUAAUGAUUUAACAUCAAUGCAAUUACAACAAAACGAUCAUUAUUGUGAACAUUGUUUAAUUAAUAAUAAUUAUUAUCCAGAUGGACGACGAUAUUCAACAAUAUUAGAUUAUAAAACUUCAUGCUAUGGUCUAGAAUUAAAUGGAAUUGUUGGAAAUUUAGCACAAAGUACCGGAUUUUCAUCUGCACAAGUUGUGGAUGAUAUGCACAAUAACAAUAAUAUGAUAAUGGUAGAUAAUAAAAAUAUUAUUCGAAUAGAUAAUGAACCAUGUACGUGUCAUAAUGAACAUCAAUCAGAUUAUUACAAUACAUCAAGAUCGGUUGGUCCUCUAACAACAAACAGUGUGUUAUCUUUAAGUAGACAAAGCAAAUCGAGUCAAAAUUCAUCAACCAUUGAAAUGUAUACACCGUCAAUGCAUCCACUAUCAACAGAGACAACAAGUAAUGAAAAUUGUUAUUCAGUUAAUAAUAAUAAUAAUAAUAAUAAUAGAGUACUUCUAACAACAAAUUCAUUUGAAAAUACUUCAUAA